AUGGAAGGAAACCGAAUCUCCGCCAUCGAAAAGGACGCGUUCCAAGGACUAUCAAGUUUGACACAGCUGCGCCUUACUGACAACGAAAUAUCUCACUUGCCUAACGGGGUAUUCGAAGAUUUGAGUAGUCUAACCGGUCUAUGGCUAAUUAGAAAUGAAUUGUCCACGCUACCAGCUAACAUAUUCAGCGCAGCUACAGGAUUGGAGACUCUAUACUUGGAGGAAAAUCCAAAUUUACAAACUAUCGACGUUGACGCGUUCAAUGGACUCGGGGCGUUGACGAAACUCCGGCUAACCGACAGUGGCCUGAUUUCAUUGCCCGAAGACGUUUUCGAACCUCUUGGCGACAGUCUGACUGAUUUGAGGUUGAACGGCAACAAUUUGACCUCGCUCCCCGAGGACAUCUUCGACGGCCUCACCGGAUUGACGAAUCUCUCCUUGCAAGAAAACGAAUUGGCGUCGCUCCCUGAAGAUGUCUUUGACGGGCUCGUCGCGUUGCAGGGGCUCUACCUCCACUACAACGAGCUGACGGAUCUGCCGGCCGACAUCUUCGAUCCUUUGGACGAUAGUCUGCGGUGGCUCUUUUUGUCCAACAACAAGAUCAGCACGCUCCAUGACAAUGUGUUUGACGGCCUUCUUGGACUGAAUUGGCUAAUCCUCGGCGGCAACAGUCUGGAUGCAUUGCCCACCGACCUCUUCGAACCAUUGGACGACAGUUUGGAGGGGCUUACAGAGUUGUUCCUGAACGGCAAUCAACUUGCCGAAUUGCAUGAAAACAUCUUCGGCGGAAUGGCGGUCCUUGAAAUUCUUAACCUUGGAAACAACCAACUCGCUUCGCUGGAAACCGAUCUAUUCGACCCGCUGAACGACUCCCUCCAGAUUCUGCGAUUGGAAGGCAACGCCAUCGCGUCUUUGGAUCAACAGAUCUUCGACGCGAUCACAAAAUACCUCGCUGAAGUCCCGUCAUCCGCACAACAUGCCACCAUCACAUUCGUCGUGUCCGAUCCGCUUGCCGUCUCCACCCUAACAACGGACGGCGGUUCGCCAUUCGAAGACGCCGAAGAUGAUACGCCUGGCCAUCAAUUGGGUCUGACUGAGACUAGUUACGGCUACCCCGGCCCCCUGUUCAAGAUUGAGGUGACGCCGGAAGAUGGUUCGAGAGCCACAAGUUACGAGGUGCGGGUCCAGAGAAGAUUUCCCGUCGCGAAAGAAGCCCGGUUGGUUGAACUCGCUUUGAAAGACGUCGCCUUGGAUUCGAAAUUUGAUAGCGACGACGAGGUGUACACCGCAAAAGUUCCGGCAGACGUCACGCAGGUCACCGUUAUUGCGGUCCCAGCCGACCCGAACGCGACGACCGAAAUUUCGCUCGACGGCGUCCGGUACCCGGAUGGUGCAGUCGAUAUCCGGCUCGGUUGGAACGACAUUUACGUCAACGUUACGGCAGAGGACGGGGAAACGACGCGUUCGUACAGGAUUUCGGCGCCGGGCUCGUACACCGUCACCGCCACCGUCGACGAUGCCGACUGCUUCGGCGACGAGGACCAAUGCUCCGCAACGUUCAAGAUCACGGUCCGCAGGUCCUCGGCGGCCGUAGAACCGACGCCGGCAUCGGUGAACCCGGCAGGCACGAUCCCGACGAUUCUCACGGACUCCGACGGCAACCAGCCGGGCGUCGUGCCGAGCGGCGAGAUCGUCGGUCUGCGGAUCGCCGAAGGCGGGUCGGCUUCUAACGAGGGCAAGACCUACCAGCGCUACAACCUCGGCGGCAACUGGUACGAGAUUUCGGCGGUCGACGCGUCGAACAACAGCGUUUCGUCCUACGGAUUGAGCGAUGCCAUCGAUGUGUGCAUUCCGCUCCCGGAUCAGCUGCGUUCGAACAUCUCCGACUUGGCCAUAGUCGCGAUCAACUCGGAUGAUUCGCUGACAGUCCUGUCGAGCCGAGUACGGAUAUCGGCUGCUGCCGGCACCCAGUGUCGCCCAUUGGGACGGGGAGGGCGCGGCAACGUGGGACGGGUCGCGCUCGGCUUCUACUCGUUGGUGCCAUUGAGCGAGUUCGGGAUCCUCCGAGGUGGUGGUGUCGCAGAGGAGAAGGAUGCCGGCGGGUUUCAGGAUGCGGUGGACUUCGGACGAGGAACUUGGGGAUGUCGUGGAAGUGAUGGGCAGCGGUCCGGCAGGUUACGAGGUCGAUGGAUCGUCGGGGUAGGGGAUGUCGUGGGCUUCGAUGAUUUCGAAGCGAAUGUUUGGAUGUUGCGGUCUUCGGCGAUCUUGCGGGCUUGGUCGAGCAUUCCUUCGGCGAAGUCGGAGGCGAUGACGGUGUUGCAGAACUCGGCGAUGGCGAAGGCGGUGAAGCCGGGUCCGGUUGCGAUGUCGAGGGCCAAUUGGUACCGGCCCAUGGCCGCCAACUCCGUUAUGAUGCCCAAGCUGUCGCUCGUCGCGUGGGGGACGCUGACGGCGUAG